UCUCAAUAAAUAAAGGCGGUUGAGCAAGUACAUAAGCGUGCUGUAUAUAUACGUAUAGAUGAGUAAGAAAAAAUUGUCCUUAAGCUGCGGCAGCGGCAGCUGUCGAUGGCAACAGUCGCGGAUAAGACUCGAGUUCGUACGCAAGUAUACACAUACCUAAUUUUGUAUUAAAUGUACUCGUGUAUAUAUGGACACCGAGAGUGCAUAAUAUGUACGUGUAAAUCAUAUUCGUGAGCAAUGACACGAUCGAGGUGACGGACCUCCGUACCCAUCGCUCAUCGUCACCCAUGUUGGGUGCACGUUGUAUAUACGGCAGACCGUGGUUCGCGAUAAGAUAAUGCUCAUAGCUGGAUAUCGAUAAGAUCAACAAUAUACGGGAGUAUUACCCACUUGUAUACAGUUUGUUCCCGAAGAUUUUUCUGCCACUUGUACAGACCUGCAUUCAAUACCUGACCACUGUCCAUCGUGUGUACAGCCAUCGUAAAAGAUCUCCCAUAAUCCAUCGUAUUUCCGCUAUUCAUAUUUCAUCACUUUCCUUGUAUUUUUCUCCUUCGUCCCUCCGCCCCCUCCCUCCCUUUAACGUGAAAAUCCAAAGAUAAUCUUUCGUUGAAAUCUCCGUGAUCUGCCGUAAGUUGUACCGUCAAAUUCGUCGUCGAAGAAGGAUCGAAGGACUCGAGGGAUGGAAAUAGAGUGAGGAAAAUAGAAAAGGGAAGUGCAGGAGAAAUUAGAGAAAUCGAAAAGCAAAGUUUACCACCGGAAGAGCAUGUGAGAUGUCGUUCGAGACUUGGAAGAUUGUGACAUCGGUGUCUGCGGUCCAGGUGCUGAGUGAGUGCGUAUUCUUCGCCCAAGGAAUCUUGGCCAGCGAAGAAACAAAUCGCGAGGAAACGGAACUGGACUGGAUUCGGAUAUGCGUGCCCCUCUUCUACGCCGUCACACGUCACAUAUCUGAGCCAUGUUGGAGGUGGAUAAUCGGGGGUUACGGGGGUCGGAUAACCACGAUCCUUGGAAUCGCAACGGUGGCCGUUUCCGUCAUCGCUGCUUCUUGCCAGGAGAUCCUCGCCGGAAACGUGGCCUAUGUUGUUCUAGGAGGAAUAGGAAUGGGCCUCGUUCGUCUCCAGGUCAAGCUGAUGAAAUUUCAUUCGGGUGCAGCAAAUUGGAAGCUUUGGGGCACCGGUGUUUCUGGAAUCGGUCUUUCGCUGUGGCCGCUAAUCGCGUGCCUCUUCAUCCGCAGGAUUGGACCUAAGUACGCGCUAUUGGUUCUGAGCGGAAUAACCCUGCAUGCGAUACCACUAGCCCUGCUGGUAAAACCAAAUGCAAUAACCGCUUGCGAGGAGGACGAACCGCAGAAUCCAGACGAUGGUAUCGCGACAGUGUCCAUAACACCCGCGGUUUCUGAAACGCUUCCAAGUCUGGAGCAGUACAGGAUGGCCUAUCAGCUAAUCGAGUAUGAUUCGUACGCAGUUCGGCCUUCCUAUUACGUCGAGGUGCUUCCGGGCAUUCCCGAGGAAUCGGAAUACGAGAGCGAGCGUGAACAGGACGAAGAGAACCAGACAGUGGUAGUUCCGGAUGCUGAGGAAUCGGGAGUCCGGCUGAACGGCGGCUCUCGUCAGGAGGAAAAGCACAGGCGGGAAUCGCACCUCCAAGAGAAGACGCGAGAUACGAAUUUGAAGGGAAUCGGCGUCCUGCCGAAAGGCGUCGAGAUGACCUCUUUUACCUAUUCGCUUUUUAUCGCUAACGUUCUCCUCCGGCUCGGAGACCAGUUUGGCGUCGCGAUUGUCAUUUCCAUUCUGCCAGUCUUCGCGAGCCACCUUCUGCCCGACCUAAGGGUCGAAGAGAAAGCCUUUCUCAUGAGCCUCUGUGGCUUCUCCAGAAUUUUGACUGAGCUACCACUCGUGGCUCUGGUCCGAAAGUCCGGAAAAUCAAAGCUCGUCUUUUUGGGGGGGCCUUUCUUUGCUUCCGUUGGUCUUUACUUAACGUGGAUUUCGAGGAGUUUGGAUGCCAUGACACUGGCAAGCCUUGGCCUUGGUAUUGGAAGCGGAGCAGCUUCCGCAGCUCUUCAGUUCCUGGCGCCGAGAGAAUGUCCAAGAAUAUCCGACGCCACUGAUAUCGUCGUCGGUGUCGCUCUCCUAGUCACUAUACCCUUGACACGCAUUUUUAUCCUUGGAGACGCUAUUCAAGCCUGCUUCUUACUGGCUGCGUGGAUAUACGCCGCUGCAGCUAUUAUCAUAGGGUACAAUUUUCGGACAAGAACUUGAAGGACAAAUCAGUUCAUCCCGGGAACUUGUGGAAUCCAGUUUUCUAACGCCUCUGUGUCGGCAUCGAGUCGCGAGUGAUCGUGGAACGGAUAAAAGAGAGCCGCGAAUACGAAGGAAUGAUGAUUUCCAACAUUCUGAGUAUGAUUCAUCAUCACGUCGAUGGUUAUCGAAUGUCAAAGAUUUAAAACUUCUUGGUUAAGUAUGACAUGAGAAAAGGCUUCAUGAUAUAGCAUUCGUUGGAAGAGCUGCUUACCUACGUAAAGUGGAGGAUCGUCAAAACUAAAAAAGCUGAUUUGUGAAGCAUGAUGUGAUUGAAUGACAAACAUUGAAAAAAUUUUAAUUGAAAAAAUAUUAAAUUGGAUUAGCUUCACUCAGUUCUAGAUGACUAAAUAUUUUAGAAAACAAGAGUGAAAAUGAUAUAACGAUGAUUCUACAAUCAAAAGUGAUUACGAAAAAAUUUAGGUUACGAUAUUUCUACCCAGCCUCCUCCACAAAGUCCAGUAAUACU